CACAGUCAAAGUUUUUUAUAGAUUCUAUUACUAAAUGCAAUACAGCUAAAUAUAAUAUGUGUGUCUAAUACGGGGUUUAUAGUGAACGCAAUCGAUGAAUCACACAUCAACCGUAUAUGUGAGAUUCAAUGAAUCUGAUUGACAUAUAUAAUCUAUAUGAAAUGUACUGAUACAGUAGUUCCACUGGAUUCGAGAUUUUCGUUGACAUUCCGUGGUAACCAUGACGGACUACUGGGUAUCAACUAAGAAGCAUUAUUGCGAAAUAUGCCGCUGCUGGAUAACUGGGUCUGCUUUAAAUAUAAAGAACCAUGAAUCCUCGUCACGUCAUAUAUCAGAGCUUCGGAAGAAGCUCAUUCAAUCGCAUCGCAAUAUGGAAGAACAGAAGAAACAAGAAGCUUUUGAAGCAGCUGAGAUUGAACGUUUAAAUACAGUCACGCUAGAUGGACCUGCUGUGGUAGAACAGAAUGAUAUAGCUCCACCCAUAUUCUAUGGACGUAGAGUACUAAAUCCGCCAGUAGAUAAGGAUAAAGAAGCUGUUCGCUUAAAAGCUGCACUAGAUAGGGCACUGUCAGGACAACCCAUGGAAGACCCAGACGCAACAACGAAAACAAAAUGGAUUUCAUUUAUCGACCAAAAUGACGGGACACUGACGUAUUAUAACAAUGAAACUGGUUUUAAAACGAAAAUUAGACCAAAGGAUUUUGACGGUAGUUUGCCUACAUCAGCCAGCUCACUGACUUCAAAUUGGGUAUUGAAAUUUGACCCUUCGAAAGGAUGCAAGUAUUACCAUAAUGUGAACACUGGUGAAAUACGUUGGCUAGAGAAUAGGGCACAGUCUAGUAGUACAGUGAUCAAUCGCAAUAACAGUGACGUAUCCACCAUUAACCAAGUUAAAACUGAAAUAGAUGUCCCACAAGAUAAACAAGAAUCGCAAAUAAAGAAUAAACUGGAGCAACCGGAAUCUAUAUCUGAAUCUGUAUCGACAACAGUAAGGGUCAAACAGGAAUAUGACGAAGAGGAACCUAGUCAAAGUGCUUUGGAGGGGUCUAGUUCCAUAAAUGAACAACCAAAAGUAAAGUAUGCCGCCCCUGAAAUUGGACAGUGGGUGCCUGUCAAGCCAGAAGAAAGUGCAUUUUCACACUCGAUAGUGUCUAUAGAGCCUUACCUAGAGCCUCCUCCACCACGUGAGCCUGAUAUACUACACACUAUACGGGAUGCUACCUAUGAAAUGCCUUUACUGAACGUAGACGAUAUGCAGGUACAGGAGAAACAGGUAUACUUCAAAACAGUACCAAACGAAGGAGAAGAUACAAGUGCUCCGGUUAAAUUUGCAAAACGAAGAUUGCUAAAAAGGCAAUAACAUAAUGUGUAGUACUAUAUCGCACCAAGUGUAUAUAUCAAGCUAUCAGA